AUCUGAAUCUUCAGUCUCGGCGGGCCUCCCGCUCCCCCCGCCCGGCCCUGUGGUCAGAGUGGCGACCACUGACCGGCGGCCGCAGCGCAGGCUCCCGGACCGCGAUGUAGUGACGUGACCGCGGAGUCACAGGUGGAGAGCCAUGCCCCGCGUCGGCGAGGUCUGGAAGUACGUGACGCGGAGGGACGACAAAGCCAUCAUCUGCAACGUGUGUGGCGCCCAGCUGGUGUGUUCCGGCAGCAGCACAGUGCUGCGGUUACACCUGCAACGGAAUCAUCACAUCCACUUCACAGAGGAGAGCGAUCGUGGUGACCUGCCCGCCGCCCACAGCACGGCAGAGAAGACUGUCAGUGUGAAGGAGAGGUGUCCGAAGAUCACUGAACUUAUUGGCAUUGAUAGCUCUGCAUCCCACACCUCGCAGAGCAGUAAGAGGAUUUCCAACAUGUUGCGGGAGUGUGCAGCCCAGCUCGAGGAAGGUGAGGAACUGGAAUGGCACUCCGCCCUGGGAGAUGGUGACACCUACCCUCCAGUAAUCGAAGACGAUAUUUCCAUGGCGCUGCGCUCCUACCCGCUGGGCAGUGGCGGAAGGCGCAGGGCGGCAGAGCUGAAGACGAAGCGGGCAUUGCCCGCGGGCGGCGGCGGCCAGGACUGGGCGCAGGCCUGGGAUUUCUUCCGGAGGCUGAACGAGCGCUGCGUGGAGUGCAGCCUGUGCCGCAAGCAGCUCUGUUACCACAACAGCACGGCCAGCCUGCGGGAGCACCUGCGGCGCAAGCACCACCUCGGCGACGCGGAGGGGCGCCCCUUCCCCGACGAGGGCUCCUCGUCCUCGGAGUCCAUGGGCCAGGAGCCCGAACUGAAGAAGAUGGCGGUUCACGGCGCGGAGAUGGCGGUCGAGAAGCGGGACGAGGCGAUCGACGACCUGAUCACCGGGAUGGUGUUCCGGGACCUGCAGCCGCUCUCGCUGGUCACCGACCAGGGCUUCAGGCGGCUGCUGGGCUUCCUGGAGCCCAACUACCGGCUGCCGUCGGGGACGCAGCUGGCCGCUCACCUGCGCCACAGGUACACGCUGUGCAAGCUGCGGCUGGCCCACCAGCUUCGCGCCGUGCCCUGCAUGGCCCUUUCCACGCACGGCUGGAGCACCCCGGCUCGGCGGGCCUACCUGACCGUGUCGGCGCACUUCAUCGACGGCCGCUGGAGGCCGGCGCGCUGCGUGCUGAGCACCGGGCCCGCGGCCACGGGCAGCCGGGAGCUGCUGCGCUCGGCCCUCGGCGACCUGGGCGUGCCGUGGCAGGCGGUGAGCUGCGUGGUGCGCGACGGCGGCGGGGCCGGGGAGCGGCCGGCCGACAACUGCCCGCACCUCUCCUGCGCCGCCCGCACGCUGCAGCAGUGCAUCAAGCAGGGGCUGCGGACGGAGGCGGUGCAGGACGCCCUGCUGUCGGCCCGCCGCCUCGUCGCUCACUUCCAACAAGACCCGCGGGCCACUGCCCGCCUCGACGACCGGCUGGCCGAGGGCAGCGCCGAGGCCCCGGGCCCAGCCCUGCUGCUCGACACCCCGUGCCACUGGGACACCACCUUCGACAUGUGCCGGCGGCUGCUGGACACACGCUGGGCGCUCAGGGAUGCUCUGCAACAGGAGGAGGAGUGGGAGGGUGGGGAGCCAACGGUGCCCGACCUCUCCGAUGCCCAGUGGGAGCUUCUGCGCAACCUGCUGCCCAUUCUGAAGCCCCUCAAGGUGGCCCUGUCUUUCCUGGGCGAGCCGCAGAACGCCUCCGUCUCCUCCCUGCUGCCUUGCUUGCACGGGGUGUUGGCCGCCCUCGGGCAGCAGCCGGUCGAGGCCAGCUCGGCCUGCUCGGCCUGCGGCGCCGUCUGCGCCCGGAUCCGCUCUGAGAUCAGCCAACGCUGGCGCCUGCAGCGUGACGAGGAGCUGCCGGACAACCCCGCCGUCCUCGCCUCCUUCCUGGACCCCCGCUUCAAAGACCUGCGCUUCCUGAGCGCCCGGUCCCGGGAGCAGGUGCAGCGGCGGGUGAAGGCGCUGCUCUCCGCCGCGCUCCCGGAGCCGCGCUCGCCCAGCACCUCCUCGGAGGGCGAGCGGGCCUCGGCCGAGCCCAAGCCCAGCGAGUACGAUCUCCUGUUUGGCGAGGACCCGGUGGACCGCCUUCCGGAGCUCCACCAGCAGAUGGAGAGCUAUCUGGCCGAGCCCCUCCGCAAGCGCCACACGGACCCGUUCCAGUGGUGGCGGGACAACGCACACCGCUUCCCCGCCCUCGCCAGCCUGGCCCGUCGCUACCUGGCCGUGCCCGCCACUGCCGGCCGGCCGUUCCUCACCUCCGGCCGGCUGCCGGACGACACUGGGGCGGCACUGUCUCCCGAGGACAUCAACCGGAUCAUCUUCUUGCACCAGAACUUCGAUUACAUCGAGUCGCUGAAGUGAUGGGGCCUGUCCUGCCUCCACCCCACCCCCUCCUGCCCCACGGACAUCUCCCGGAGAGGGAAGCAGCAGGGAGCCAGGCUCACAGAGUCUGUACUGACUGGCAUCCAGCCAUUCACACACAGAGCCCAAAAUCUACCCCAGACCCACACAUGGGGGAAGGGACGACCAUUCUUGAACCCUGCAUGUUGUCAGGAAGCCAGAAGGCAUGGGGGACCCCACACACCAGCACCCAGGGAGAACAUGUGCGCUCCAUAUUGAAUUCCAGUCUCUGGCACUGUGUGGCAACGCUCUCCCUGUUGUACCCUUGUGUUUCCCCAAUUUGUGGUCAUUUGUUGGGUUCGGGGGGGGGAGGAGGAGAAAUUCUGAGAGACUGGGGCAGUGACUGAGGGUCCUGGAAUGGUUAGCCGUUGGUCAAGGGUCCCUGCUCAGUGGGGCGAUGACCGGGGGUCCCGGAAUGGCUGGCCUGGAGAACGGGGAUCUCGGGGGAAAGAAGAUCCCAAGGAAGAGGCAGAUGAGGUGGUGUUCCAGCAGAGAGGAUGGGUGUGGGAUC